AUGCCGUUUCUAGACAGAAUACCAAAAAUAGAUAAAUGUUGUGGGUGUGUGACGGAUCUUAAAACUGCAGCAGCUAUUAUAGCUGUUCUCAGCAUUGUGACUAGCCCAUUAGUAUCUUGGGCAGUGAUAAGACAUGCGUAUGUUAUCCGAAUCAGUUGCGUUGUCACAACAAACUCCACCCAACCUGAUGUAGUGGACAUCAAUUUUAACAACGCACUAAGUUUUGGUUUCGGAGCGAACGCCGGUCUCGGUUCCUCGUGUUUAUCACGCCAUACAAACGAAACUGAUCAAGAUAAACGAAAUUCAUCCUUCGUCCGUGUUACUAGACACAGUGGCUGGGUAGUUCUGCUGGCUGAUGUCGCCUUCCUCGUUAGCAGUGUCAAUUUACUUGUCAAAUUAUUUAAGGGUCAACACAAAGAGGCAUCGCUUAUUUUCAUAAUAGCUGGUCUAAUAUCAGUCUUUCUUUCUUUGAUAUAUGGAAUACUGUACGUAUCGGCUUGCGUUUAUGUUGGAAGUGGAUUUCCAGUUUUCGAGUUCUCAUUCGCAGUUGUCGAUUUCAUACUGUGGACCUAUUUUAUCAUCGUCAUCAAUUCGUAUGAAGAAGAAAUGUAA